ACGCCACACGAACGUAGACCUGACAGUGGAGUGUUUCACCGGUUACUAUUUUUACCACUAUAGCGUCAGUUGCCUGUCAGCUUCAUCAGGUGAAUGAGUGAACUUCUCAGUUGCCGAGGACAAGAUGUAUAAAUGAUGACUUCCAACGCCAUCCGCGGGAUCCGACGCAAGAAGUCUUCCCUGUCAGAGGUCAAGGUAGUGGUUGUAGGAGCUCCAGGAGUCGGCAAGAGUGCGUUGACAGUGAGAUUUCUGACAAGACGUUACAUUGGGGAGUAUGACCAUCAGGCAGAAACCCGUUACAAACACGAAGUGUUAGUGGACGGAGAGCCCAUCCUCUUCGAAAUCUUGGACUCAUGCCCCAAGAGUGAUGAUGAACUACCAGCAACGGACAGUCUCAACUGGGCUGAUGGGUGUCUGCUGGUUUACGCUAUCACUGACAGACGUUCGUUCAACUACGUGCGCCGGGCCAGACAAGCUCUUACAUCAGACCUUCCGCUGGUGCUGGUAGGCAACAAGGCAGAUAUGGUACACCUGCGCCAAGUCAGCACUGAGGAAGGUGAAAUUCUAGCCAAAGACUUUGAAUGCUCGUUCAGUGAAGUGGCAGCUGCCGAGCAAGUGACGCAAGUGGGUGAAGUGUUUCACGAACUGUGUCGCGAAGUGUUGAGUGUGCGUCGCAAGAACAAACAAUCUCUCCUGGACCGCAUGCUAGGCAGUAAAGCCUCAGUUAAAGUGUAUUGCAGGGGGAAAAGUGACAGUGCCUUACCUAAAGACAAUUGAUUUAUUUGUAUAAAAUCUGUAAAUAAUUUGUAUACAACUAUUAACUGUAAAAUGUUAGUUACAGUUACCAUAUUAAAAACGUUGUUCUGGUAACCUGUUCUUGUAACAAAACAAUA